AUGAAUGUCCUGGCCAAUGCUCUGAAGUGCACCAGCUGUGCCGAGAAGAGUGGCAACGGCCAGGUCCUCAUCAGGCCGUGCUCCAAAGUCCUCAUCCACUCCCUGACUGUGAUGAUGAAGCAUGGUUACACUGGCGAAUUUGAAAUCAUUGAUGAUCACAGAGCUGGGAAAAUUGUGAACCGCAUGGGCAGGUUAAACAAGUGUGGUGUGAUCAGCCCCAGAUUUGAUGUGCAGCUCAAAGACCUAGAAAAGUGGCAGAAUAAUCUGCUCUCACCCAGUCAGUUUGGUUUCAUUGCACUGACAACCUCAGCUGGCAUCAUGGACCAUGAAGAAGCAAGAUGA